AUGUCGCUUGUUUUCAACCAGGAAGCUAUCAAUGGAAUCCUCUUCACUCUUCAUUUCUAUAAUGAGCUCCCAACUGUUGCCCAUCAGAAACUCAUGCAAAUGGUUGGAGAGGAAGUAAUGGAUAUGGAUCAAGUCACUGAGUUCUUCAAAAAGAUCGAUGACGGAGAAUUCCGUUUGAAGAAGGACAUCAAGACCUUGGCCCAGGUCGUUAAUGUUCCGAACUUUGUGGAGAAAUACGUGGAUUUGGACACCAGACUCCGCCUUCGUAAAACCAGCCCCACUAUUCGCGAAAUCAUCAAUGGAAAGAUGCUAGAAAUAGAUUGGCUUCACUUCAAAUGCAAUGGAUUGUUUUUCGAAAUUUCCACGAGUGAAGACUUCAAGGUCACGUACGAAAUCGUUGAAGGAGGACUGCAAGUGACAAAUGGGGAUAGUGAGAAAUUCUUCAGUGCAAGAAGAGAAGAAGAGCAGAUUAAGAUAAUUCAACGGGAUUUGAUGUCGAUUCUUUGUAGUGAGAAACUGAGAAUUAACACUUUAAGAAUCAGAAACGAUGAUUCAUCUACUUCUGACGAUGAUGUCAAACCUACAACUGCAAUGACAAUACUACGAAACACUCUCAAUCAAGUUCCCAAAAAACUGAAAAUCAGCAAAUUGGAGUUCUGGGUUGAUGAAUUGGAUGAUGUUUUCAUUGAAACAUUGAAGAAUAUAGACUCUGAGCAUCUCGAAUCUCUUGAUCUCUUGUUCGGUUAUUUCCACAGUAAUCUCACCCCAGUCUGGAAUGACUUGCAUAAUCUAGAAGAAUGGAAACGAUUGAAAUCGAUAGUUGCUGGUCAUACGAAAUUUGUGGUUUCGGAAACUAUCAGAUUAUACUCUCAUGUACAAAAUGCACGUUUUGCGAUUGAACAUUUUGACUAUACCUCUGACAACAUGUCUAUCCACAAUUCGAUCAUGGAGCUUAAAGAUAAACUUCUUCAAAAUCCCAAUCUGAAACAGUUCAAAAUGAAAUCAUUAUAUGCCAUGAGUGAUAGUGACUUCGAAAAUCUUAAAGCAAGUCUUCAACAAUUCAAUACCAGCAACACUCCGUAUCCGUGCUGGAUUACCAUUCCGUACCCGGAUUCUGAUAAGAAAUUGGAAUUGUUGGUGGAGAAGAAGAUGAUAUGGUUCAAAGGACCGUGUUACGUGGAGGGAGAGGGGGAAGAAGUGAUCGACGAUAAGGAUGAAGAGAAGAGAACAGUGGAGAGGAUGAUAAUGGAGAUGAGGAGAAGAUUAACGAAGAAGACGAAGAGGAUGAUACGAUGCAAGAGAUUGCGUUGCAGUUGUUGCAGUGCUGAGACUAACCAAAAAAAAUGA